AUGGAGUCUCCAAGAGUCGCGGAGCCUCCCGCGGCUGCGGAGCCUCCCGGGGCGGCCGAGCCCCCCGGCGCCUCUGAGCGCCCAGAUACUGGCGCCCUUGGCAGCCCCGGCAGGCAGGAGGCCCCCAGCCCGCGCGGCUGCCUGCGGAGACUUCGCGGCGCGCUGCCCACAGAUUGGCGUCUGGAGGUGACCGAGCUGCUGAGAAUAGCGGGUCCCGUGUUCCUUACAGAGUUGAUGAUCUUUCUUAUUGGCGUCGUCAGUUCCAUAUUCUGUGGACGUCUGGGGAAUGUGGAGCUGUGUGCGGUUAUGCUGGCGGUGUCGUUUGUGAAUGUCACUGGGAUUUCCGUUGGACUUGGCAUGGCCUCGGCUUGUGAUACUCUAAUGUCUCAGUCCUUUGGAGGCAAAAACCUCAAACGUGUGGGGAUCAUACUUCAAAGAGGAAUCCUCAUCCUAACGCUGUGCUGCUUUCCUUGCUGGGCCAUCUUCAUCAACACCGAGCACAUCCUCCUGCUCACAAACCAAGACCCCGAAGUCUCCAGACUAGCCCAAUCUUACGUGAUGAUUUUUAUUCCUGGUCUUCCCGCAGCUUUUCUGUUCCAGCUCCUGAUGAAAUAUUUACAAAAUCAAAGUAUCAUCCUGCCUCAGGUUCUCACUGUGUUCGUAGUAAAUGUCAUCAACGCGGGCAUGAACUACCUGCUGGUGUUUGUCCUGGACUUGGGAGUGUCAGGAUCUGCUUGGGCAAACACUGUUUCCCAGUACUUGCUGUGUGUGCUGCUUUCCCUGUAUAUUUGGAGGAGAAAACUCUACAUUGACACCUGGGGAGGUUGGAGUAGGGACUGUUUCCAGGAGUGGGGCUCCUUCAUCCGCCUGGCGAUUUCCAGUAUGUUCAUGGUGUGCAUUGAGUUGUGGACCUUUGAAAUAGGAAUCUUACUUGCAGGACUGAUUAAUGUGAUAGAGCUUGGAGCUCAAGGUAUCAUUAACAUACUAUCCUUUGCUGCCUUCACGGUGCCCAUCGGCCUUGGUGUGGCAGCCAGUGUCCGCGUGGGCCAUGCUCUGGGUGCAGGGAAUGCUGUGCAGGCCCGGCAGUCCUGCUUCACCGUCUACCUGUGUGCUUGUGUGUGUGGACUUAUAGUUGGUGUUUUACUUAUAGCAUUGAAGGAUGUGAUUGGCUUUGUAUUUACCAGUGACAAAAAUGUUAGUUCCCUUGUGAGCCAAGUGAUACCAUUUUUUGGUCUAAAAUGUUUCUUAGACACAUUUAUAGCGACCGGUGGUGGAGUCCUGAGAGGUACCGGAUAUCAAAGGAAGGGCGCCAUCUUCAAUGCCCUUGGUUAUUAUGCGCUUGGUUUUCCCAUUGGACUGUCUCUGAUGUUUGCAGCUGACCUUGGAAUAAUAGGUUUUUGGUCUGGAAUGACCAUUUGUGUCUUCUUUCAAAGCCUUUUCUACUUCGUGUUCAUCUGCAAGAUAAACUGGAAAAGAGUUGCAGAGAAGGCACAGGUUCAAGCUGGGCUAAAGAGAACUCAAGAGACCAGGCCUGCCUCCACAGAUCUCCCUAUUCUGGAAAUAGAAGUUACCAAUGGUGUGACUUUAACUGAGGACCAGGCUAUUCCACUGAACAUUGUGGAAGAAAACAGCCAGCAUGGAUUGUCCACCGUUGGAAAGGUUUUGACAGUGAGACAGCUGAUUUUCCAUCGUGGAAUAGCUCUAGCGGUUGCUGUUGCUAUUCUUUUAGCAGGAAUUUUAAUAAGAGUUUUCAUAUGA